GACACUAGCAAUCACAGCCUGAGCUUUUGCAGCGUGCUUUUGCGAGCCUGCUUGCGCUUCGGCAGCUGUGGUUGUGCUCAUCUGUUAUUGUUUUAUCGCUAGAACAACAUUGCGCGACGAUUUCGCCGUAACUCAGCCGCUGCAGCACCCCACUGCAAGCGAGCCUCCGAACACAGCGCGGCAGCGAGCCCCAAGCAGCCAUGCGCUUUGCCCUCGCGGCCUGGAUGGCCCUCGCCCUCGCCGCGGACCCGCCGAAGAAGGACGCGGACAAGAAGCCCUGCGAGCUAGAACCGUACAGCCGCAAGCACUUUCCGGCGGUAAAGAAACUGCUGACGAAGCACCUCAGCGAGAAGCACGCCAAGCAGAUGACGGAUUUACUGCAAAAACCCUGCGAGCCCAUCAAUCAAGGUUUGGUCAUCAACACGUGCUUGAUGCGCAACACCAACAAGGAAUUAGCUGCGUUUACGACCGCCGCCCUCAACGAACUCGCGCCCGAACACGUCGCCGGCGUCUGGGUCCUGACGCCCUCGAAACCGAGGAUCUGGGCCCUCAAGAGCUUCGUGGCGUCCUUGGUGUGCACGCCGCAGGGCGGGUCGCGCAUGUUCCCCGCGGAGGAGACCGGGUGUCGCGAAAAGGAAACGAAUCUUAUCCUGAAGAAGUUCCAGACCGCGCGAUUAGCGUUUAGCGACUUACAACUGAUGAAGCUGGACAUGGCGCCGUUCCCUAGGAUUGAAGAGGAGGACGAGGUGGACGAGGUGCCGGACGCCGUGCUCCAGGAGGAGCUGAGAGUAGCUAGAGCGCGGAGGGAUCUCGAGGGCGUGCGGCGCUACGCGCGCAGGCUCGCUUUACCUCAAAAGCAGAUCGACUGGCUCGUGUCCGAGUUCGCGCCGUCGGCAGCCGACGUCCUGACGAACCCGAACGCGACGACGAGCGAGCCGGCGUGGUUCAAGCCGGUGGCGCGCAGCUGUAGAAAGCAGGCGUCGCUCAAGGCUCCUGGGUUGGAAGAUGCUGAUAGUGCGAAUCUGACCGAUCUGGAUCUGGCCGUCGCGACGCAGUUCUGGGCCUGGCACUACAAGACGUGCCACAAGUCUUCCGUCGAAUUCGCGUACGACCACCGGAACGAUCACACGGAACUCUAGUAAGUAUC